AUGAAGAUCCAGUGCGACGUGUGUAACAAACACGAGGCUUCGUUUUUCUGCACCGCCGACGAAGCUGCUCUAUGCGACGGCUGCGACCACCGUGUCCACUAUGCUAACAAGCUCGCCUCCAAACAUGAACGUUUCUCUCUCAGCCAUCCUUCUGCAAAGCACAACCCAGUCUGCGAUGUUUGCCACGAGAAAAGAGCUUUUGUCUUUUGUCAGCAAGAUAGAGCGAUUCUGUGCAAAGAGUGUGACUUUCCGAUUCAUUCUUCCAACGAGCACACAAAGAAACAUAAUAGGUUUCUUCUCAGUGGGAUUAAGCUCUCUGAUUCUACAACGCUUCAUUCAUCAUCGCCACAUAAUUCUAUGGACAAUUCAAAAGCAUCAUCGUCUUCUACAAAUGAAGAAGCUGGUUUCACAAGCAGCAUAUCCGAGUACUUGAUUAAUACUAUACCGGGUUGGCAGUUCGAAGAUUUCCUCGAUUCAUCAUCACCUUCUGUUCCGUUUGAUUUCUCCAAGAAUGGUUAUGAUGAUGAUAUGUUGCCACUUCCUGGUGGUGCUGGUAAUGAGAGAAAUAUGGGUGGGAUCUGGGUUCCUCAAGCACCAUCUUAUGUAUAUUCUGCACAAAUGGAUCAGCAGAAUAUCGGGUAUAGAGAGACAAAGGAAACCACCAAUAACAUCAAAGGCAGCAGAUCAAGGUUGCGGGAUGAUACUUUCAUAGUACCACAGAUAAGCAAUCUCAAAGUUGCCUCCAACAAAAGAUCCAGACUUCUAUGGUAG